CCUUGCCAGCGCGGAUGCGUCUUGUGGCUGACGGUUUCCCGCACCGCCACGCGACUCGGGACGGGCCAGGCUCCACACCCGGGAAAUGCGGGAGUGGAGUGUGGCGCUUUAGACUUCCAAGGGGGCGUGGGGGAUCAUGCGAGAUGAGUAAAGGAAGAUAUGGACUCGAGGCAUAACCAAGUAUGUAUACAGCGCGCACCAAGGCCGUACCCUCAGAGAGCAUGCUCACCGCUGUGGUGGGCUACUUUUCUCGCGAUUAACUCAUCCUGGAGGUGACGAUUCCAUGGCGCAGCCGUGAUGUUACUAAUCCAACUCGAACCACACUACAUCUCACGAAACCCCCUCACUAGGGAUGCACGGAAUAUCGGCCGAGGACCUUACCAGUAGGGCGAAAGGGUGCGCAGCGGUUCGUCGGUACU